AUGGACAAGCCCCUCACGGUCCUGCGGGUGAGCCUGUACCACCCCACGCAGGGCCCCGCUGUCUUUGCCAACAUCCCACUGCAGCUGCAGCACGACAUAAGCCCGCUGCUGGUGGGGCGAGGCCAGGAUGCCCACCUCCGGCUGCAGCUCCCCAGCCUCUCUCGCCGACACCUGUCCCUGGAGCCCUACCGGGAGAAGGGCAGCUCUCUGCUGGUCUUCUGCCUCAAGGCCCUGAGCCGCAGGGGCUGCGUGUGGGUCAACGGGCUGACGCUGAGGUUCCUGGAGCAGGUCCCCCUGGGUGCCGUCAACAGGGUCUCCUUCUCCGGCAUCCAGAUGGUGGUCCACGUAGAGGGAGGCAUGUCCCUGGAGGCCUUUGUCUGCUGCUUCCAUCUCAGCCCCUUGCCCCUGAUUUACAGGCCCCAAGCCGAGGAGACGGAUGAAUGGGAGAGCAUCCCCCAGGAGCAGCCUCCCCCAGGUUCAGGACAGCAAGCUCCAGGUCACCUGGGGUUUCUCCAUGACCCUUCUCAGACUCGGGACAGCCCUCCCCAGCCAAGCCCUGGAGGAGGAACAGAAAUACAGCUCCAGAGGGAGCCACCAGACGGCAUGCUCUGCUAG